AUGUAUUGGGCUCACCACCGGGGUCAUCCCUUCUGUCCUCAACACCCAGCCCAGUCUCGCCGACGCCCUCCUCGCCCUGCUACCCAUCCCAAACUGCUCGCCCUGACCAAGCCAUCCGGUCAGUUCAAGCUACUCGCCCGGAAGAACGAACGCUCUCCGCGGGCCAUCUUCAGCACCACCGAGGUCAUCCGUGCUGUCCUCAACACCCAGCCCAGUCUCGCCGACGCCCUCCUCGCCCUGCUACCCAUCCCGAGCUCCCUGCAUCUUCCCCCUCAAUCACAAACAAGAACCGCCCACCCAACCCUCUUUCCCACCUGCCCAACCUCAUUUGCAUAUUCCCCCGGCCUCCUACCUGCAUCUUCCUCCUUGAUCACAAACUAG